GCUACCCACCCGCCAUUCAUGAUUGCAUUAUAGCACUCCGUCCGGCUUGCAAUGGCCGUCACAAAUGAAUCGCCGCCUGUCCCUCAAGGCUCCUCCCUCUCCUUCACCCAAGGCUUCCUCCUCGGCCAGCUCUCCAUCGCUCUCCUCAUCUUCUGCUUCAUAAAGUUCUUCAUCUUCGGCGAGCCCCCGCCCGCCGACGAACGCGCCCUCCAUCUCUCCUCCCUGCGCCGCGCGCGCACUCUCGCGCACACUCAGCAGCCCCAUUCCUCUUCCCUUCCCCUCCGCCACAAGCACUCCCGAUCAAUAAUUCGACAUCCAGCCGGCGGCGCAGGCCCAUCGCCUACCAUCGCCACAAUCCUCGCGAAGACGUACUACAACGUGCAGGGCCACCAGCCGGAAAGCUUGGACUGGUUCAACGUCCUCAUAGCGCAGACAAUCGCGCAGCUGAGAGCAGAUGCGCGGCAAGACGACGCCGUAUUAACAAGCUUAACGGAAGUGUUGAAUGGGCCUAGCAAGCCGGACUGGGUGGGCGAGAUGCGGGUCACGGAAAUAGCCCUCGGGGACGAGUUCCCCAUAUUCAGCAACUGCAGAGUCAUGCCCGCAGAGGAAAGCAAGGUAGGUUCGAGCGGAGGGAGUAGUGCAGGGGGCGCUGGGCUAGGAGAGGAGAGCAGACUACAGGCGCGGAUGGACGUUGAUCUCAGCGACGUAAUCACGUUAGGGGUGGAAACAACGCUGGUAUUGAACUAUCCCAAGCCGCUGGUUGCAGUCCUCCCCGUUGCCUUGGCUGUCAGUGUGGUGCGCUUUUCGGGCACGCUGUCUGUGUCUUUCAUCCCGUCAUCGCCUUCGCCAGCUCCCGCGACGUCGAAACUGGACCAUGCCCUGAACUCUGGCUCCGCGGAUGGUCGCCCGCAGACACCGAAUCCAACGCGUCGUCCUACUAGCCUCGCGUUUACUUUCCUCGAUGACUAUCGUCUCGAUCUCUCUGUUCGCUCUCUCGUGGGCUCCCGCUCCCGCUUGCAAGAUGUGCCAAAGAUCGCGCAACUAGUCGAGGCGCGCCUGCACGCUUGGUUCGACGAGCGUGUAGUUGAGCCGCGCUUCCAGCAGAUUGUGCUUCCGAGCUUAUGGCCGCGGAAGCAGAAUACGAGAGGUGGAGAGGAAGACGAGGGGGCUGCAGAAGGUAUGGGCGAUGUUGGCGAGGCGGAGCAGCAAGGGCACCAAGGAGAGGAGAAGGACACCGAAAGAAAGAACUUUGUCCCAUCUGCAGCGCCUGGGACGCUGGAGACCAGGAUGGAGGCAGAAGGGGCAAAAAUGCGGGAGGCUGAAGUUAGAGCCGGUAAGAGAGCGAGUGCGAGAGCAGCUAGUGGGGGAGGCAUGCGGUGGAGGGGAAAUGGGGAGAGUGGGGACUGGAGUGGGCAAAGAGGUAUGCCAGGUGCAAUGCUUGGCUCGUGAGGGGUCUGUUAUACGGACGAUUUUCCACCCUCACGGUCGAUACGAAAGGACUGCAUGGUUAUGGCGUUACAUCAUGGGGCAUUGUGAAUGGUCAUGGAAAAUGUAUUAUACAUGGUGCUGGGAACGAGCACACGCCUCAAGUCAGUUUCACAUACGAACAAUGGAUACCAAUCCAGGAAAGAUUCGGCAUGCUGCGUAAACUCACCACUACGGGUAGCUAUCAUAUAUUCCGGUGACUAGGUACUAAGGAUGUUGCUGGAGGCAGAUUGAUUUUUGAACUGAGGUGCGCGUCAAGGACUUCAAUCACCAGGAAAGGUUCUGGCGACGCACUGGAGGGUAGAAAGAAAGUGGCCUUGGAGUCGGAUCAUGAAAUUCAAGUUGUAACUUCAUUGUAGUUCAGAUUUAGUGAGAGCCGCAGGAUCGAUUUCAAAAUUCGAACUAAG